UAACAGCCUAUAAAUACCUCAUUCAGUUUCAUUGUAUCCAUUAUCCAAAUUUAAAAAUCUGAAACCCAUUCCAAAAUUCCAUUCUCUCUGAAUCGACGAUCGGAAAAAGAUGGCGUUGAAUAUCGCUCGGAUUGCGGCAAUGGCUGGAACUACUGUUUCGGGAGAAUCGGGAUCAAGUUCAUCGGUAACGGCGAUGUGGAAAUCUCCCGUGACUAGUCAUCGAUGCAGGAUUAUUCAGAUGCCGGUUGAGUUCGCCGACGGUAGAAUAACGCCGGCGCGGAGUCCGUGUAGGUCUAGGCAACUGAGUCCUUGUCGGACUCCGCCGCGGAGUCCGGUGUACGGAGGAAUACGGGCGGAUUUAUUAUCGGUUGCGUGUCAGGCUUAUUUGGCGACGGAUUAUUUAGAACCGGCUCCGCCGUAUGUGGUGGAGGAGGGAGAUUUGUCUGAAUACAGAGAAGGACGUGGUGCGCAUGGUAAGGAGAGUGGGGUGCCGGUUUAUGUGAUGAUGCCUUUAGAUAGUGUGACGAUGAACCAUACGGUGAAUCGGAAGAAGGCGAUUAAUGCGAGUUUUCAGGCUUUGAAGAGUUCUGGUGUGGUGGGGAUCAUGAUGGAUGUGUGGUGGGGUCUGGUCGAGGGAGACUCACCGGGAUCGUACAAUUGGGGAGGUUACAAUGAGUUAAUCGAGAUGGCUAAGAAGAAUGGGCUUAAGGUUCAAGCCGUUAUGUCUUUUCAUCAGUGUGGUGGAAACGUUGGCGAUUCUUGCACUAUUCCUUUACCCAAGUGGGUGGUGGAGGAGAUUGACAAGGACCAGGACCUUGCUUAUACUGAUCAAUGGGGAAAGAGGAACUACGAGUACGUUUCCCUUGGAUGUGACACCAUCCCAGUUCUUAAGGGUCGCACUCCUGUUCAGUGUUACGCUGAUUUCAUGCGUUCAUUUAGAGACAACUUCAAACACCUUCUUGGUGACACCAUUGUGGAAAUUCAAGUGGGAAUGGGUCCAGCUGGUGAGCUUCGUUACCCUUCAUACCCAGAGCAGAAUGGUACUUGGAGAUUCCCAGGAAUUGGAGCUUUCCAGUGUUUUGACAAGUACAUGAUCAAAAGUUUGAAAGCUGCAGCAGAAGCAAAUGGUAAGCCAGAAUGGGGUAGCACAGGUCCCACUGAUGCUGGUCACUACAAUAACUGGCCUGAAGAUACCCCCUUUUUUAAAAAGAAAGGUGGAGGUUGGAACAGUACUUAUGGUGAAUUCUUCCUCACUUGGUAUUCCCAGUUGCUGAUCGACCACGGGGAGAGAAUUGUCUCCGCAGCCAAGUCUAUUUUCGAGGACACCGGUGCAAAGAUCUCGGUGAAGAUUGCUGGAAUUCACUGGCACUAUGGGACCAGAUCCCAUGCCCCUGAGCUCACAGCAGGCUACUACAACACCCGUUUCAGAGAUGGUUACUUCCCCAUCGCCCAAAUGUUAGCUAGACACGGCGCCAUAUUCAACUUCACUUGCAUUGAGAUGCGAGAUCACGAGCAGCCUCAAGACGCCCUAUGCUUACCAGAGAAGCUCGUUAGACAAGUUAUCAUGGCCACACAGAAGGCACAAGUUCCACUCGCUGGCGAAAACGCACUGCCCCGUUACGAUGAUUAUGCUCUCGAGCAGAUCUUACAGGCAGCAUCGUUUAACUUUGAAGGUAGCAAUGGAGAAGGAGAGAUGUGUGCAUUCACUUACUUGAGGAUGAAUCCAUAUCUGUUUGAGGACGAUAACUGGAGACGAUUUGUGUGUUUCGUGAAGAAGAUGAAGGAAGGAAAAGGUUCCAAUAAGUGUUGGGAGGAAGUGGAAAGGGAAUCAGAGGAUUUUGUACAUAUUACUGAGCCAUCAGUGCAAGAAGCAGCUCUUGAUCUUAUACACUGAAAGAAAGUAUAUAUAACUUAUGGCAUUUAGUUACAAUAUAAGGCUUGUUUGUUUAGUGUUUUGUAUACACAAACAAGGAACUUGUAUUGGCAUUAUUAGUUCAACCAAAAAAAUUACUGGUUUUCUUUCCACAGUUCUUUUUCUUAUGCUGUGGAUUGAAUUGAAAUGGGUUUUGGGAUCUGUAUUUUGAAGUCUAAAACCCCAUAAACUUUGUUAUACAAACCUUCAUUAAUCAAUGAAACAUAUUAGUUUUUUCUUUUUUUUUUUAA